CCCAGUUCCCCGGCCCGGCCCGGAACAUGGCGGCCUAGGCGCGGCGGCAUGACGCGCUGGGUGCCCACCAAGCGCGAGGAGAAAUACGGCGUGGCGUUUUACAACUAUGACGCCCGGGGAGCCGACGAGCUGUCCCUGCAGAUCGGGGACACCGUGCACAUUCUGGAGACCUACGAGGGCUGGUACCGAGGCUACACCUUACGGAAGAAGUCCAAGAAGGGCAUAUUUCCUGCCUCGUACAUCCACCUCAAGGAUGCCAUCGUGGAAGGCAAAGGGCAACAUGAGACCGUCAUCCCCGGGGACCUCCCACUCAUCCAGGAGGUCACCAGCACCCUCCGAGAGUGGUCCAUCAUCUGGAGGCAGCUCUACGUGCACGACAACCGGGAGAUGUUCCGAAGCGUCCGCCGCAUGAUCUACGAGCUGAUGGAGUGGCGCUCGCAGAUCCUGUCCGGGACCCUGCCUCAGGACGAGCUCAAGGAGCUGAAGAAGAAGGUCACGGCCAAGAUCGACUACGGGAACAGAAUUCUGGACUUGGACCUGGUCGUGAGAGAUGAAGACGGGAACAUCCUGGACCCGGAGCUCACAAGCACCAUCAGCCUCUUCCGGGCGCACGAGAUCGCCUCGAGGCAGGUGGAGGAGAGGCUGCAGGAGGAGAAGUCGCAGAAGCAGAACAUGGACAUCAACCGGCAGGCCAGGUUUGCGGCCACGCCGUCGCUGGCCUUGUUCGUCAACCUCAAGAACGUGGUUUGUAAGAUCGGAGAGGACGCAGAGGUGCUCAUGUCGCUCUACGACCCCGUGGAGUCCAGGUUCAUCAGCGAGAACUACCUGGUGCGCUGGUCCAGCUCGGGCCUGCCCAAGGACAUCGACCGGCUGCACAACCUGCGCGCCGUCUUCACGGACCUCGGCAGCAAAGACCUGAAGCGCGACAAGAUCAGCUUCGUGUGCCAGAUCGUGCGCGUGGGCCGUAUGGAGCUGCGGGAGAGCAACACGCGCAAGCUGACCUCGGGGCUGCGGCGGCCCUUCGGCGUGGCCGUGAUGGACGUCACAGAUAUAAUAAAUGGAAAAGUAGACGACGAAGAUAAGCAGCAUUUCAUUCCCUUCCAGCCGCUCGCGUUGGACGACGCCAUUCGACACAAGCCGCUGAACAUGUCAUCCCGUUUCUCACCCAGGGUGGCAGGGGAGAAUGACUUCCUCCAGACUGUCAUUAACAAAGUCAUUGCUGCCAAGGAAGUCAACCACAAGGGCCAGGGUCUGUGGGUGACCCUGAAAUUGCUCCCUGGGGAUAUCCACCAGGUCAGGAAGGAGUUCCCACACCUGGUGGACAGGACCACGGCCGUGGCCCGCAAGACCGGCUUCCCGGAGAUCAUCAUGCCAGGUGACGUCCGGAACGAUAUCUACGUGACCUUAGUCCAGGGCGACUUCGACAAGGGGAGCAAGACCACGGCCAAGAACGUGGAGGUGACGGUGUCCGUGUACGACGAGGAGGGCAAGCGGCUGGAGCACGUGAUCUUCCCGGGGGCCGGCGACGACGCCAUUUCCGAGUACAAGUCUGUCAUCUACUACCAGGUGAAGCAGCCGCGCUGGUUCGAGACCGUGAAGGUGGCCAUCCCCAUCGAGGACGUGAACCGAAGCCACCUCCGCUUCACCUUCCGCCACCGGUCCUCACAGGACUCCAAGGACAAGUCCGAGAAGAUCUUCGCACUCGCCUUCGUGAAGCUCAUGAGGUACGACGGGACGACGCUCAGAGACGGGGAGCACGACCUCAUCGUCUACAAGGCCGAGGCCAAGAAGCUGGAGGACGCGUCCACCUACCUGAGCCUGCCGUCCACCAAGGCCGAGCUGGAGGAGAAGGGGCACUCGGCCACGGGCAGGGGCCUGCAGAGCCUGGGCAGCUGCGCCAUCAGCAAGGACUCCUUCCAGAUCUCCACGCUCGUGUGCUCCACCAAGCUCACCCAGAACGUGGACCUGCUGGGCCUCCUUAAGUGGCGCUCGAACACCAGCGCCCUGCAGCAGAACCUGCGGCAGCUCAUGAAGGUGGCCGGCGGCGAGGUGGUCAAGUUCCUGCAGGACACGCUGGACGCCCUCUUCAACAUCAUGAUGGAGAACUCGGAGAGCGAGACCUUCGACACGCUGGUGUUCGACGCGCUGGUGUUCAUCAUCGGCCUCAUUGCAGACAGGAAGUUCCAGCACUUCAACCCUGUUCUGGAGACGUACAUCAAGAAGCACUUCAGCGCCACGCUGGCCUACAUGAAGCUGACGAAGGUUCUGCGGAACUACGUGGACAAUGCCGAGAAGCCGGGCGUCGGCGAGCAGCUGCUCAGAGCCGUGGAGUCCCUGGAGUACAUCUUCAAGUUCAUCGUGCGCUCCCGGGUGCUCUUCAACCAACUGUACGAGAACAAAGGGGAGGCCGACUUCGUGGAGUCCCUGCUGCAGCUGUUCCGCUCCAUCAACACCAUGAUGAGCAGCGCCUCGGACCAGACCCUGCGGGUGAAGUGCGCCGCGCUCAAGUACCUGCCCACCAUCGUGAACGACGUGAAGCUGGUGUUCGACCCCAAGGAGCUCAGCAAAAUGUUCACGGACUUCAUCCUCAACGUGCCCAUGGGCCUGCUGACCCUCCAGAAGCUGUACUGCCUGAUCGAGAUCAUCCACAGCGACCUCUUCACCCAGCACGACUGCAGAGAGAUCCUGCUGCCCGUGAUGACCGACCAGCUGAAGUUCCACCUGGAGCGGCAGGAGGACCUGGAGGCCUGCUGCCAGCUGCUGAGCACCAUCCUGGAGGUGCUGUACCGGAAGGACGUGGGCCCGACCCCCCGGCACGUCCAGGUCAUCAUGGAGAAGCUGCUGCGCACGGUGAACAGGACGGUCAUCUCCCUGGGCCGGGACUCGCAGCUCAUCGGAAACUUCGUGGCCUGCAUGACGGCGAUCUUGCGGCAGAUGGAAGAUUAUCAUUACGCCCAUCUGAUCAAGACUUUCGGGAAAAUGAGGACGGACGUGGUGGAUUUCCUCAUGGAGACGUUCAUCAUGUUUAAGAACCUGAUCGGGAAGAACGUGUACCCCUUCGACUGGGUCAUCAUGAACAUGGUGCAGAACAAAGUCUUCCUGCGAGCGAUUAAUCAGUAUGCAGAUAUGCUGAACAAAAAAUUUCUGGAUCAAGCCAAUUUUGAGCUGCAGCUGUGGAACAACUACUUCCACCUGGCCGUGGCCUUCCUCACGCAGGAGUCCCUGCAGCUGGAGAACUUCUCGAGCGCCAAGAGAGCCAAGAUCCUCAACAAGUACGGAGACAUGAGGAGACAGAUCGGUUUCGAGAUCAGAGACAUGUGGUACAACCUCGGUCAGCACAAGAUCAAGUUCAUCCCCGAGAUGGUGGGCCCCAUCCUGGAGAUGACCCUCAUCCCCGAGACGGAGCUGCGCAAAGCCACCAUCCCCAUAUUCUUCGACAUGAUGCAGUGCGAGUUCCACUCCACCCGGAGCUUCCAGAUGUUUGAGAAUGAGAUCAUCACCAAGCUGGACCACGAGGUGGAAGGGGGCCGAGGGGACGAGCAGUACAAGGUGCUGUUUGACAAGAUCCUCCUGGAGCACUGCCGGAAGCACAAGUACCUCGCCAAGACCGGGGAGACCUUCGUGAGGCUGGUGGUGCGGCUCAUGGAGCGGCUGCUGGACUACAGGACCAUCAUGCACGACGAGAACAAGGAGAACCGCAUGAGCUGCACCGUCAACGUGCUGAAUUUCUACAAAGAAAUUGAGAGAGAAGAAAUGUACAUAAGGUACCUGUACAAGCUGUGUGACCUGCACAAGGAGUGCGACAACUACACAGAGGCCGCCUACACCCUGCUGCUGCACGCCAAGCUCCUGAAGUGGUCGGAGGACGUGUGCGCGGCCCACCUCACGCAGCGCGACGGCUACCAGGCCACCACGCAGGGCCAGCUGAAGGAGCAGCUGUACCAGGAGAUCAUCCACUACUUCGACAAGGGCAAGAUGUGGGAAGAGGCCAUCACGCUGGGCAAGGAGCUUGCGGAACAGUACGAGAACGAGCUCUUCGACUACGAGCAGCUCAGCGAGCUCCUGAAGAAGCAGGCGCAGUUCUAUGAGAACAUCGUCCGCGUCAUCCGGCCCCGGCCCGACUACUUCGCCGUCGGCUACUAUGGACAGGGCUUCCCCUCCUUCCUGCGGGGCAAAGUCUUCAUCUACCGCGGGAAGGAGUACGAGCGCCGGGAGGACUUCGAGGCCCGCCUGCUGACUCAGUUUCCCAACGCAGAGAAGAUGAAGACGACGUCUCCGCCCGGCGAGGACAUCAAGAACUCCCCUGGACAGUACAUCCAGUGCUUCACCGUGAAGCCCAAACUCGACUUGCCGCCCAAGUUCCACCGGCCCGUGUCCGAGCAGAUCCUCAGUUUCUACAGGGUGAAUGAGGUCCAGCGCUUUGAAUAUUCCCGGCCAAUCCGCAAGGGGGAGAAAAACCCGGACAACGAAUUUGCGAACAUGUGGCUGGAGAGGACGGUCUACACCACCGCGUACAAGCUCCCCGGCAUCCUGAGGUGGUUUGAAGUCAAAUCGGUUUUCAUGGUGGAGGUCAGCCCCCUGCAGAACGCCAUCGAGACCAUGCAGCUGACCAACGACAAGCUGAAGAGCAUGGUGCAGCAGCACCUGGGGGACCCCAGCCUCCCCAUCAACCCCCUCUCCAUGCUGCUCAACGGCAUCGUGGACCCCGCCGUCAUGGGCGGCUUCGCCAACUACGAGAAGGCCUUCUUCACGGAGCACUACCUGCAGGAGCACCCCGACGCCCUCGAGAACAUCGAGAAGCUCAAGGACCUGAUCGCCUGGCAGAUCCCGCUCCUGGCCGAGGGCAUCCGCAUCCACGGGGACAAGGUCACGGAGGCACUGCGGCCCUUCCACGAGCGCAUGGAGACCUGCUUCCGGCUGCUCAGGGAGAAGGUGGAGAAGCAGUACGGCGUGCGCACCCUGCCGUCCUGCCUGGACGACCGCCGGGGCAGCCGCCCGCACUCCAUGGUCCGCUCCUUCACCAUGCCGUCCUCGUCCCGGCCGCUGUCGGUGGCCUCCGUCUCGUCGCUGUCCUCGGACAGCACUCCGUCCAGGCCCGGCUCCGACGGGUUCGCCCUGGAGCCGCUCCUGCCCAAGAAGAUGCACUCCCGGUCCCAGGACAAGCUGGACAAGGACGAGCCCGAGAAGGACAAGAAGGACAAGAAGAAGGAGAAGAGGAACAGCAAGCACCAGGAGCUGCUGGACAAGGACCUCAAGGCGGCCGACAGCCCCACGCCGCAGUCCGAGGCCGUGAUCCUCUCAGAAACGAUAAGCCCCCUGCGGCCCCAGAGACCCAAGAGCCAAGUGAUCAACGUCAUCGGGAGCGAGAGGCGCUUCUCAGUGUCCCCAUCGUCGCCAACCUCGCAGCAGACGCCCCCUCCAGUCACGCCCAGGGCCAAGCUCAGCUUCAGUCUGCAGUCCAGCUUGGAGCUGAACGGCGUGAGCGGGGCGGACGCGGCCGAGGUGCCCCCACCGCUGCCCCUCAAAGGGAGCGUGGCCGACUACGGGAAUGUGAUGGACAGCCCCGACGGGGCGGGCCCGCCCCUGCCCCCGCCCCCCCCACCGCACCAGAGGCAUCUGCCACCGCCACUGCCCAGCAAAACACCGCCACCUCCCCCGCCAAAGACGACGCGCAAGCAGACGUCCGUGGACUCGGGCAUCGUGCAGUGAGGCCGGGCCGGGCCGUGCGCCCCCUGUCCUGCCCCGCCCUGCCCUGCCCUGCCCUGCCCUGCGCCGGCCUCCUUCAGCCUCCCCCGGGUCCUCCCGCUGGUGCCACCGGCCACGCCGGGCCACCUCCUUGCAGCCACCUGCCCUUACGAGCUGGUUCUGGCCCAGCAGCAAGCUCGGGGAGCAGGGGAUGGGCCCCGCGUGGGCUGGCGUGUUCGUCACGAGGGGCCGGGGGCCGGUGUCCCGGCAGAGAGCGCCCACGUCUUGCCCCAGAGCCCUUCCCUUUUGUGCCAAACAACUCACCAGCAAAGAGCCCAGUGGACUGGACACUCGCCCUGCGUCGAGGUCAGGCCUUCACCCAGGGCUGCGGGGGCGGGAGACAGCCGAGGCCACCCAGCUCGCCUUCCUCGCCCCCCUGGCCACCCGCAGGGCGGCGUCCCCUCGGCCAGCCCCCGGGGGCCGUUGAGCAGGGGCCAUUUCCCAGCUACUGAGCAGUUACUAAUGUCUGGAGAGGAAGCCCACCGGGAAUACUGGACCCGUGGGAGGAUCUCGAGUGGGGGGACGGCGCGGCUGGGGGGUUCCUCCCGUCCCGCUCUGUACAGACGUCUGUAUAUAGGAUGGUCCCGAGCGCCUCCGCGCCUCCCCGCGCCCUGACCCGGCCGCAGGCCCGCGGUGGGCUCCCUUCCCUCGGAACAGCUGGAAAUGUAAAGAAACACAUGCCAGUGUUUGUUGUCAUUUUUCUUUUCAGAACGCCAGCGUCCUGAAAAUGUGGGUGGACAAUGAAUUUCGAGAACUAACUUUGUAUAACCUGAUAUUUUAUUCUACCACCUCUAUUUUUUUAUUCACUGUAAUCAUGAUGCCCUUCUCGUAGGCUCCGAGUUAAUCGUUGACAAUGGAGAAAUAAAGUGGUAUUUAAAGACA